AUGGAUACUAAGACUCUUACUUGGUUGUUCACAAGAUGGUUGGAAUGUAUGCAUGGACAUGCUCUGAAUGGCAUAAUUACUGAUGAUGAUAAAGCAAUGAAAAAUGCAAUUGAGAUCAAGGAAUUGAAAAAUGUAUUAACUUGUAAAGGGCUGUCCUCUAGGAUUACAGAGGAACAUAGUUCAAUUCCAGACCAUAAGAAGCUUGCAAGAAAUAAAACUCAAAAGAACAACCAGGAAAACAAAAAGGGUCAAAGUCAAGAAGAGGGCUUGUGUACACCUGUUGUUCAAGAAGUUGAAGAACAUCUUGGCGAUAUAAGCCAGGUUUCAUAUUGUCCUCAAACCAUAAGCCAUAAUGGUUCCUGCUCUGAACUUGUUCAGGCACAACACAAUAGGAAUGAUCAACCAUCAUCGCAAAGACAUAGAUCAGCCACUACUUUGGGCAUGCCAAUUUUAGUUGUUCCUUGUUAA